AUGGAUCCCCAAGGGACGACUUCUCCUGGACGCCUUGACCGCCCGGGAACCGCCUAUGCGUCAAGGCUGACUGUGGACGAUGACUAUGAGCAAGAAGAGGCAGUUGCUGGAAGGGAAGAAACAAGUGCCAAUGCCACGUCUGCCUCGACGCCCGCAGCAGAGGACACGCCAACUGACCAAGAAGCCCGCGAGACUGGUGAGGCUAUGAGCCUGCUACUGGACGACUGGCUGAGAGGUCUUCACAGGACACUGCAGCAGAGGGCGAAUCGUCGUCGCGAGCCCAGGCCAGAUGAAGAUACCGACCAGGGGCUGACUUCCCAACUGAGACUGCUAGAAGCCCGGAUCAGAGAUGUCGAGAGAACGACACGCAGACUCUGGAGACGGGAGGCAGUCAUCCAGAGGGAAGUGGCAAGAGCCCAUGGCCGCGUAGACCUCCUGGUGGCAACCCUGCGAGUCCUGGCUGCGCACACAACAGAGGCCCGCGGAGGAGGAGUGGUGGACAGACGUGACCUGAGCGGAGAAGACCCAUAA